AUGAUGGUAGCAACCAACCAGCGUGCUGACCCCGCGCCUCGUACCCCAACAAGAUCAUUUCAAGCGCCACAAUUACCCUCCACUCCAGCCUUUGUACAGAAUCCCCAGAAGAAUUGGUAUCUUGACAAGCGUCUGUUUGCGAAAGCGAAAGCCUACACUCCUCCUCAAUCGUUGCAUAGCCCUCAACCGAGAAAAGCAUCCCAGGAAACUCUUCGUCCAAGCGAUAGAAAAGUAGUUGUGAGGAGCGUGAGCAGACACAAACCUAAACAUGUUCCGAUAAUUAUCACCCAAGAUUCUACAGAAGUUGCUCUUGACCGUCGACCGCCGUCUCCUGUUUCUCCAGCUUCAGACACCUUUCUGAGCCCUUUCUCCAACUCUAGCAUCCAGAAAGAACGUGUUACUAGGCCAAAGCCGCAGAAGUCUCAUCCUGUAUAUACGUUUGCUGAUGCGCCUGGGGUAGCCUAUACCUUCAAGGCCUUUCCUCCGACCCCUUCCAGCUCACCUAAAAUUGUCUACCCGCUGAGCCCUGCCGUUCUGACCCCUGCAACGAGCUUGGAUAGCACCCCUCGAACUUCUCAAGCAUUUCCUAAAAUAUCACAUUCAUGCGAGCAAUUCAUUCUCGAGAUGUCACGUCCAACCACAAGCGGUAGUCGAGCCAGUACACUCGACUCUGAUAAUUCAGCCUUUUCGCCCGAACAAAGCUAUGACGAGAGGUUCAAGCCAGCAUCUGGAUCGUAUCUCGCAGACACACACAGUAGUAGCGAGUCGAGCUUAAACCAGGCUAUUCAAGAUACACAGAACCAUGUUGAAGCAUCCAAUGGUCCGCGAGCGCCUGAGAAUGCACCUAUACCUACAGCCACGUCUCCUCAGCUGACUGGUCAAGCACCUGCCGUGAGCGGCGGAACAACAAAUCUCUCGGGUCUUGUAUGCAACGUACAUAAGUGCACAGGCAAAGAACCGCAUGGAUUAGUCGGCGCAACGACAACAGUUCUGGGAGAUAAGCUCUACACCUUUGGAGGUCGAGUUUUGUCGAGAAGGCGCCCUUAUUUGACCUCAGAUAUAUUUGAGUUGGAUCUAAUCAAACGGCAUUGGACUAAAUUGCAGGUCAGAGGCGAUGUUCCCCCUCCGAGAUAUUUCCACAGUAUUUGCCCGUUGGGUGACACCAAGCUCAUCUGUUAUGGGGGAAUGUCUCCUGCACCGAGUCAGGCCCAUAGCGGGAACGCGCAGCAAGCGGCAGAUCCAAACGGUGAAAUGGCGGUCAUGUCUGACAUACACGUGUUUGAUGCACCUACGCGGACGUGGACGUACAUUUCGACUGCUGAAACGCCGCCUGGAAGAUAUGCGCACUGUGCUGCUGUAUUACCGUCUACCGCAAUAUUUUCGUCCGCUAAUGCGCCCUUGUCAGCGAUAUUACACAACCCUCCAUCGUCAGUGCCCAAUCAAGGCUCCCUAGGUGUGGCAUUAGAUGGGAGUGGUGGGGCUGAGAUGAUCGUUGUUGGCGGUCAAGAUAGUAACAAUAAGUACAUCGAUGCUGUCAGCGUUUUCAACCUCCGAAGUCUCAAAUGGACAGAUACGCAAUCUCUGCCGCGAUCCUGCGGAGCUUACAGGAGUGUUGUCACUCCAUUGACCGGUCUGUCACCACUCAAGAUAGGAGUUGCACUAGAUCAGGACGAGCACUCAGACGGUGGUCACGCGGCCAUAGACAAAGUAGAGCCAACAUCAUCCAUGUUGAUAUAUUCGAAUUAUAAUUUUCUUGAUGUCAAGCUGGAGCUCCAAGUACGAAUGCCAAACGGCUCUCUUUCUGAGAAGACUAUGAAGGGAGUGGUUUCACCUCCGGGUCUGCGGUUUCCCAACGGCGAUGUGCUUGAUAAUCACUUCAUCGUGAGUGGCACGUAUCUUACUUCGUCCAAGCAUGAAUACGCAUUGUGGGCUUUGGAUCUAAGAAGCCUGGAGUGGAGUCGAAUCGAUGCGGGUGGUGGCAUAUUUUCCCAGGGCAGUUGGAAUCGAGGUAUCCUGUGGGCUCGACGCAACACAUUUGUCAUACUGGGUAAUCGAAAACGCUCGUUAGUCGAUGACUAUAAUCAUCGGAGGAUCAACUUCUCCAAUAUCUGCAUGGUGGAAUUGGAGGCUUUCGGCCUCUACGACAAUCCACGAAGGCUUAGGCCAACUUCAAAUUACACGUCCAUCAGCGCCCCGAUACUGCCCCUUUCCACCGUCACGAAGAAUCUUCACUCAGGGGGCCGACCACUAUCGAAUGCGGCUGCCGAUCUUGGUACUAUGGCAAUGAACAUACGAGAUCUAGCAGACAUGGAUCUGGUGGCAAUAAGCGGCGAGAAAAUCCCUGUCAACUCCUACCUCCUCUCCCGACGCUGGGGGCCCUAUUUCGUCAAACUCCUCCGCGAAUCAAAUACCUCUAGCACAACCUUACAAAACGACGCCGCCUCCUCCUCAGAUGGCGGCACUCUCCGCCCCGGCAACCUCCACGUCUCUACCUCUCUCGCCUCCCGCAACUCCUCAAUAACCAUAACCCCAAGCAUCACGACCUCCCACUCGAUUGCCCCCUCUUCUAUCACCGCCGUCUCUUCAAACUCCGGUUCCACCCUCACAGGCACAGGCACGACCUACGACCCACCAACUCCCCAGACCCUCUCCGCCUCUCUCCGCCCCCGCCAGCUCUACCUCCCGCACACCCUCCUCACCCUCCGCGCUCUCGUUCACUACCUCUACACCUCCUCGCUCCCAGCCCCGACCCACCACCUCUGCACCCCGCAGAUUCUCUGCUCCCUUCUCCAGCUCGCCCGCCCCUACCGCAUCGAUGGCCUCUUGGAGGCAACAGUCGAACGCCUUCACCAGAUCCUCGACGGCCGCAACGCAGCCGCCGUCUUCAAUGCCGCCGCCAUGGCAGCUGGUGGUGGUCGUGGCACAGGCACGCCCUUCAGCAAAGAAGGCUUCGAUGCGGAUGCCGAGAGCGCGGAUCUCUCGAGCGGCUUGACUGCUACGCGAUUGCAGGCUCGCAAUCUCGCUACCGCUGGUGCCGCUGGCGCCGGUAGACUUCCUGGGCAGAAAGAGGAUGUUGGUGGAGCGAGUGAGAGCGAGACGGAUACUGCCUCUGAUGUAUCCUCUGUCAAUACGAGUUUGUCGGAGAUUAGUGAGGAGAGUAGUGGUGGUGGGGGAGGUGGGGGAGGUGGGGGAGGGGAGGCGAAGAAAACGGAUCCCGCGGCCUUGAACGCGGGCGAGGGGGAGAUCUGGUCCGGAGGGGCAAGUUGUGUCGUUGGGUUGCAGAAACGGGGGUUGCGGGGACUGAUGGAGGGGAGGAGGAUUAGGGAGAAUCAGCGGGGGAGGGCUGUCGGAGGUUUGGGGAGCCCAAGAAUGGAGGGGAAUGGGAAUGCUACUACUGGAGGAAGUGGGAGGGCUGAUGUGAAUGGCGGUGGUGGUGGUGGGGCUGUUGGAUUGGGAAUUGCGUAG